AUGCCGUAAACCAAGAACCAUGAAGUGUAAUGACGGUGUUCUAACAACAGAUGACAACCUGUCAUGUAUGGAGGGAUAUACAAGUAUUGUGUAUGCCACUUCUGUGUGUUUAAACCAAACAAUCGAAGAUACCAUAUGUGUUCCUGAUGAUACAAACGAUGCAACACUAAGAUUCUUCGGUAGUUCUAAAUACCUUUUUGUCCGGAAUAUCACAACUGUUCCUGGUGCGAAGAACUCCUGUUCUCGUGUUUGUGGGUCAUUGGUGGAAAUAAACAAUGAGGAGAAAAACACCUUUCUAGCAACAACUGCUGAAGAAUUUCAAAUAGGUACCUUACUUAUAGGAUUAGAACAUAAUGGAGAAGAAUUUGUAUGGCUUUCGGGUAAUUCAACUGAUGCGUAUGACAACUGGGACCCUGCAGAAAACUUUGAAUCAACAUGUGUAUAUUUAGGAUCGGGUAAUACGAAAUGGAAUACGUUUGAUUGCAUAGGUCUAACACCGUUUGUAUGUGAAAUCAGAGAUAGCUGAUCACCAGGACAAACAAAAAGUGCAGUUUCGAAUAAAAAUGUAUAAAAAAAAA